AUGGGCCAAUCUGCCGAAAUUGCUGUUCCCAAUGCCUGGUUUAGUAGUACUAUUAUCGUUAUUCUUGGUGUUGGUAUUACUUUUGAUAUUCCUGGUAUUGGUAGUGCUUUCAAUGUUUCUGAUACUGACAGUUAUAAUACUAGUAGUGCUGUUAUCAUUGUUCUUGGCGUUGGUAUUACUUUUAAUGUCCUUAGUAUUGGUAGUGCUUUUAAUGUUUCUGUUACUAGCGGUUGUGAUACUGGUAGUGUUUUUGGUUGA